GCUGCAUGUAACCUAUGGACACCUUACAAAUGCAUGUAUACUGAAACACAUCACAUAAUGUGCCAAAUAAUAAAGUAAAGCUGAUUAACUAUUGACCAGCUAACCAAAUUAUUUGAUCUUUGCACAUGUAUCCACCCCCUAAGAUCUGACUACUCACUGAUCUCUGCUUGAAAAUGAAGUUACUUGAUUGGAUGCAACACAAGUUUAGGCAGACAAACAAUGAUCCUCCUACCGAAUUUGCUCCAAGAAACUCCUGUUCAUGUCUUCCAGGACAACCAUCACUCGAUCACGACCUACAAUACUAUCCCAAAUCGAACUUUUACGCAAAGACUUCAAGCAAACCGCAACGAGAAGUGCAGUUUCGUAAAUCAUUCACAUGCAUAGAGACUGCAAAACAAACAGCAGCAGAAGAAGAAGAAUCAGCUGCGGUUUUCUCUGAACUUUUUCACGGGUUCCUUGCAAUAGGAACUCUAGCUGCAGAAACCGUCACUAACGAACCAAAAACACCGACGUUUGCCACCUACAUUGAGAACGAUAUGGUGGUCCUAGAACCCGAAGCAAUGGAGAAUGAACUGAAGCUCAUUAAUGAUGAGUUAGAGAAGGUUUUAGAACCCGAAGGAAAGGAAAAUGCAGCGGUUGUUUGUCCGCUUCAAGAUUAUCUGUUUGGUUCGGUAAUUGAACUGUCCGAGACAGUGACGGUUAAGAAAGAAAAGGAGCAUAGAACAUCACUUGGAGAGCUGUUUCAGAGAACUAAAACAGUUGAGGAAGUUACUACUGGAGGUAAAGUUAACAAAACUGAAAAGAUAAAAGAGAAAGAAACUGAAAAGUCUGCUGUUUGUUUGAUGAAGAAGAUACUGAAAGGAAGAACACAUUAUUCUUCAUCUAAGCACUCCUCAGCUGAUAAAAAACCGCGAAAGAUUUUGCAAAUGUUUCAUAGGAAAGUUCACCCUGAAGGAGUAGCUGUUGAACCCAAGUCUGAAAAUCAUUUGAAACAUGCUACAGAGGGCAACUUUGUUCAGGAGUAUAAAAACAAAAAUCAAAUGUUGUUUGAAGAUGAUAAACUAUUUCCUAAAAAGGGUACAAACUGCACUAGCAGCCACAUGCCCUCUGACUGUUGUAUGAAUGAUUCAGAUGGGAAUAGAGAAUGCUGGAUUAAUUCAGAUGCUGAUUACCUGGUGCUGGAACUGUAGAAGGCAAAAGAUA